AGGGCAGCUGGUCAAUGUAGUUUCCGACUGAGAAGCGGCGCUGGUGCUUAGGUCGCAGGGAGGCAGGCGCGCGGCGGGCAGGCCUGGAGGGGGCGGGUCCGUGCGAGCCUCAGUGCCACCCGGCGGGCCCUAGAAGCGGCGAGGGAGGUCACGGCGUGAAGGUGUAUCCGCUACAGCCGCGCCCGCUGUCUCUGCGAGUUGCAGAGGACUGUCGGGAACAACCAUGUCCUACUGCCGGCAGGAAGGGAAGGAUCAAAUAAUAUUUGUGACCAAAGAAGACCAUGAAACUCCUAGCAGUGCCGAGCUGGUGGCUGAUGACCCCAAUGAUCCCUAUGAGGAGCACGGGUUGAUACUGCCUAAUGGAGAUAUUAAUUGGAAUUGCCCAUGUCUUGGGGGAAUGGCUAGCGGCCCCUGUGGGGAACAGUUCAAAUCUGCCUUUUCCUGCUUCCACUACAGCACAGAGGAUAUC